CAUCAAUCUCCACGCUCUUUUUGCUUAAACUUUCAAGCACUGUACACCAUGCUUUACAGCUCAAUCUCACUCAUCGCCAUUGCGACACUCUUGACCGGGCCUGGUUCAGCCUAUCCAGCUUCCCAACAGUCUGGGAAUCCAAACGUACUCUUCUCCCGAAACGGGGCGAAGUGCACUGCUAUUUCCACUUGCUCCGAUACCGACAUUGCCAGCUACUUCACCUAUGACAGCUCCCUCAAGCGUGAUGUCGACGAGUCGCACGUGCUUGAAAAGAGGGCUACUGGGAAGGACCUCAAGUGGUGUGAUAAGAAAAUCUCCACCAAAAACUAUCCCAAUGCAGAGGAGCUUGCUAUCAAAGGCAAGAGUACCGAUUUCUACAAUGCCAAUUGCAAAGUAUUUGGUUUCUCCAGCCCAACCUCAUGCGGCGACAUCACUUUCAAAGAGAUACCCCUCCCUGCCCAAAGCGACCUUGGAAAGUACCAGGUCGAGCACGUUCUGGAGGGUCAAAUGAUGAACCAGUUCUCCAAGUCUAUCACGACAUCGAAAAAGUUGAAGGACCCCGAAGACAAUACCAAGGACCUGGACGUUUGCAAAUAUACACUCAAGUUCUUUAGCGAGCUACCGGAAGGUCAGACAGUCGACGAGGUCAACAGCAAGAAGCUAAAGAAACCUGACCCAAAGGGCAGCCAAGGCAUCCGAUGGCUGGCCUCAAUCUUCCCGCAACAAUACGAGCAUGACUCCUCGGAAUUUGCGUUGUUGGAAAAAUACACCAACAAUAAUAAGCAGGGUCUCUGGGGCGGCAAGCAUCCUGUCGAUCCCGCUAAGAUCAAGAAGAAAGUGGAAGGAUGGUCUGGAAAGUCUGAGACAAACAUCCAGGCGGAUUUCAGGAUUGCUUCUUCCUUGUUUAAGCGCCUUCUCGCCCUGCGCGUUUACCAUCGCGACACUUGGGUGUCAACCACCCUCAAAACUCAAGCGGACCGUAUGGGAGAGAUGCUUGAUGGCCUCGAGAAGGAGCUGGAGAAGAAGCAGAUCAGCGUCACCGAUCCCAAGGACAAAACCAAGAAGAAGAGCUGGGAGAAGUACCAAUCUCUGGGCCUUAAGAAGCAGUGGAAUGACUACAUGAAGAAGACCACAGACGAUGCCAUGUCGAAGCUGGACACGGAUCUCAAGAGCGCAGCGAAAAUUCUUGAAGAUACGAAGAAAGAGAUGGAUACCAAGGCCAAGGAUACUUCUGCGAAGGGCAAACCUUCGGCUUCGCUUAAGAAGGUCCUGGAAGAGACUAUCUGCACCAUCAACGAGAUCAUGGACGUAUACAACGCGGAGAUGACCAAGGCGGCGAUGAAAAACCCUUUCUAGAUGUACCUCGGUACGCGAUGGGUGUAAGAGAGUAGCGAAACUUUUAUCCUUUCUAUCUCUCUUAGUCGGGAC